AUGUUCACUCCAUUGCUUGUGCGAUUGUCACUAGAAUCGGAUAAAGCGAUGGAACCACGAAAAGAGCUAGAACAAGUUUGCAACGACGAUCGCACUGAAAGGCUUGCCAUGGAUCUCUUUUGUCAUCCGGUAUCACAGAAUGCAUGCUCUCUUUCUCUCUCUCCUCUAUCUAUCUCUCUUUCUUUAGUCACUCCUACUUCUGCCCAUCUUCGAGAGCUCGAGUUUGCCGUUCAUAGCCCCUCCGUUUCUGGUCGGCGUGGCAACUUGAUUCCUUCUUUCCUCCCCAGAAGGCAUGCUACGCAUGACUGCUUCUUGAAGCCGAUCUACCAGUGUCACAUUCUUCGACUUGUUGACUGUACAGGACUCAGACUGCCGAAUACAGUGGUUGGCUUCGUCUGUUCCCUCUUUCUGCCCACUUUUAUAUCUCGACGGAUGCUCAUUUUGGAGCAAAACUUUCGGGCGCCUCCCUCUGCCAGAUUAGUUGCUGAGACAGGGCCAAUCGCAUAUUGCAGAGACGGCUUGGGGGUAUCUGACCAGAUUUUCAGGGCCUUUGUUCGAAUUGACGUCGAGGCCGGGCUUUUGCCUGGAGAAACCUGUUCCAAAUGUUUUGUUUUGCUUUAUUCUGGUAGCCUCUGUACUUCCAUCUCAAGUGAUUCCAAGUGGUCACGAUUGCCUGAUGGGGGUUCUGGCGAUUCAUUUCUGCCUUAUCCAUUCUUUAGAGCUGGAGACAUUUAA